AUGGCAUCCGAAUCUCUGCGUCUCGGUCUCUCUUUCUUGCUGAAGCCUUCAUCCCAGAACGAAGAGAAGCAAAAGACCCCAAGACCGGUUGCCCCCGUUAAGCAACAGGUCUUUCACAUCUCGCAUCUUCCAAAAUGGAUGCAGUUGGAUCCAUAUAUCAUGCAUUGGUACAGACCACAGCUAGACAGCUUUGAAGAUUGCUUCUGGUCUUUGUUCUAUCUUCAUAAUGAAUCUAUAAACACGUGGUCUCAUCUCCUUCCCGGUACAUACUUUGUGACUCUGCUCCUGGCGGUCGAAUAUUGGGUGUCUCACUUACCAUUUGAUGUCACUCUGGCGGAUGUUCUGGCAAUCCAAUCUUACAUUGCUGGGACGGCUGGAUGCCUUAUAUUCUCGGCAGUGUUUCAUGCCACAAACGCCCAUUCAGAGGAGGUUGCAACGGUUUUUCUCAAACUCGACUACCUGGGAAUUAUCAUGACUAUAUCUACAACGUGCACAUCAGUAACAUAUUUUGGACUUUAUGAUUCCCCAUUUCUUCAGAUGAUGUAUAUAUCCUUCACUGUAAUCUGCGCUACAUUGGUCUUCUGGGUUGCGCUCGAUCCCCGCAUGGACGGAGCUCACGCUGGGCACUGGAGAGCCGCUGUAUUCCUUCUUUUGGCAGCCAGCGGACUGGCACCCAUAUGCCAUGUAUCUCUCCUCGAGGGGGUAGCAGGAUUGAACAAAUUCCCACUGGAAACUCUAUCCGUUACAUGCACGUCAUAUGCAGUCGGAACAAUUGUCUACAUAUCUCGGUUUCCGGAGAGGGUUUGGCCUCUAAAGUUUGAUUUACUGGGUGCAAGCCAUCAAAUCUUUCACAUUCUUGUUGCUUUCGGCCAAUUUGUUCAUCUGUACGGUCUCCGAGAGAGCCUUAUCCAAUGUCACUUGGACCAAGUGUUGCGAAAUCCACUCUCCGCUGCUUAA